AUGGACUUCUACCUCGCAAACCUCGUUGUCCUCUGUGCUAUCAACACGAGCCUCCUGUACUGCCAGCGUCGAUGCAGAGUCCAGGCGGCCCUGCCCUCGAUCAACGACACGGCCCGAGGAAGCGAAACAUUACAAUUGCAUCGUGCUGGAAGCCUCCAAGCCCGUUUCCUAGUAGUCUACGCCUUUGCCGUCGCGGCCGACUGGCUCCAGGGCCCCCACAUAUACGCCAUUUACAAGUACGAGAAACAUCUUCCCGAGGAGAGUGUUGCGCUUUUGUACGCCGCCGGAUUCGUGUCCGGAGCUGCGAGCGCGCCAAUGGUCGGGCAGCUGGCAGACCGGUUCGGCAGGCGGCUCGCAUGCCAAAUCUAUUGCUUUGCGGCCUGUACAUCAUGCUCGCUGAUUCUACGUGACAGUCUAUCCCUGCUUCUCCUAGGUCGUGUGUUCGGAGGAAUCUCGACGACACUCCUGUUCAGCGUGUUUGAGGCUUGGAUGAUUGCCGAAUUCCACCGCCAGGGUCUAGACAGGUCAGGCACCUCCCUGGAUCAGAUCUUUGGACGCAUGACACUGGUCAGCAGUACCGUGGCCAUCGUUGCUGGAGUCGUCGGUAAUAUCUUGGUUGAAGCUACGGGUACUCGCCUCUGGCCCUUUGCUGUUAGUUCGCUGAGCGCUGUGGUUGCUUUUUGCACAAUGUCGGUGCUCUGGCAAGAGAACUAUGGCAUUGUACCAGUGGGCAAAGGCCUCAUCAUCUGCCUACUUCACGGCGCGCGACAAGCUCUUUCGAACAGGCGAAUUGCGGCUUUGGGCCUUGCGUCGUGCUGUCUGGAAGGAGCCAUGUACUUGUUUGUCUUCUUCUGGUCGGCUGCGCUCAAGAGCGCCCGAGUGCGUAUUCGACCAGACGAGGACGUGCCGUACGGGCUCAUCUUCUCGUGCUUCAUGUGCUCCAUGGCAUUGGGGUCGCUCAUUUCACAAACGGUCAAUGGAGUUUCCUCGGCCAAGACUGCGGCCACCAACUUGGUCAUUGCGAUGCUGGCUGCGAGUGCGAGUCUGUCUGGCGCCGCUGUACUUGACAAUGAGCCACUUCUGUUUUGGAGUUUUUGCCUCCUUGAAUUUUGCUUCGGAAUCUACUUUCCAGCCAUGGCUGCUCUCAAAAGUCAGUUUAUCGAAGACGACUUUCGCGGCGCCGUCUACAGCUCCCUCAGGCUACCACUGAAUUUAUUUGUCGUGAUCGCCCACAGUCUCGACUGCGAAGCCAUCGAAACCUCGUCUUUCUGGUACUUGCGGCCCUUUUAA